GAAAAUUCCCUUCUCGUUUGUUUUCAGAUGUUUCAUUUUUCUCAGUCAGCAAAUGGCGUCGAAAGUGGAGGUUUACGAAUUUUUUUCCCGAAAUCCGUGACUUAAACGAAACGCGUAUUUUUUAAGCUCAAAUUUCCCCAUCAAACCAGCGUUUUUCGAUGUUUCCGUCUAUACCGCGCAAUUGUUCGCGCUCGCCUCCAAACAGUCCCGUGAAAUUUAUGCUAAAUCAUCCAACAAUAAGUGAGUAAUCCCCAAAAGGAGAACGAUGAACGAAGAAACCGAAGCGAAACCGGCCGAGGAGCGCCCCGCUUGGCCCCCGGCGGAAGGAACCAGCGUUCAAGUCACAUCCCCGCACCCCCAUAUGCCCAUGCCUAUGCCCACUACUCCACAGGGUGCUCCAGUUAAUUCAGGUUUCGAAUAUGAGUUGCCAUUCGAAUUGGCCCAGCAAGGCUGGAAGAAGUUCUGGUCUAAAAGGGAGAACAGACCCUAUUUUUGGAAUAAAAUGACUGGGGAAAGCUUGUGGGAGAUGCCUCCAAUUGUUAAGCCACAGUUUGACCCGAUUACUGACCCAUUGGGCAUAUCUGGACCACCUCCGCCACCAGCUCAACCUAUACAGGCACCAGUACCUUUAGGUAAAAGGAGAGCUUCUGAAGAUAUCCAGGGACCCCUUGCCAAAAAAUUCAUUUUGGCUGGACCUUGGGACUUGGAAAUACCUACAAAUGUGAUCAUUUUUGAAAGACCACUUUGUAUGUACAUGCACUCACAUCCAGAUGUUGAAGGAUAUAGGUGUGCUUGGCUCUCUAAACUGAGGCAGUGCUACCAGGAAUUGUGUCAUUCUAGAGAGGGAAUUGAUGCUCCCAAAGAUUCUUUUAAUAGAUGGUUAAUGGAAAGAAAGGUCAUUGAUACAGGAUAUGAUCCCUUUUUACCAAGCAGCUGUUAUCCAGAAAUAUCCCUGUCCAUGUACAGGGAAAUCAUGAAUGACAUUCCUAUAAAGCUGGUGAGGCCCAAGUUUACCGGGGACGCCAGAAAACAGCUUUCUAGAUGGGCGGAAGCCGCCAAGUCCAUAAUGGAAUCCAGAAAUGCCGAGUCUGAGAGCAGAAAGGUGGUUAAGUGGAAUGUAGACGAAACAUUUCAGUGGUUAAGGAAAACUGUUGGGGCCACUUAUGAUGAUUUUCAGGAUCGUCUGGCCCACCUGAAACAGCAAUGCCAGCCCCACUUAACUGAAACAGUCAAACCGUCAGUGGAAGGGAUUUGCCUGAAAAUCUACAAUCUCUCCGUGGAAUAUGCGAGAAAAGUCCGCGAAAAAUCAAACGGGAUUUUAAAGGAACACGGAAUGGAACUGCCGCCGCAUCCUUUUGCCCCACAAGCAAUCAGAAAGGUAUGGUGUUAUCCGGUGCAAUUCGCCAUAGGCUGUCCGAGGUUACCGGUGGUCGAAUAUCUGCCGGACAGGGACCAAGCCAUAUUGCGGUACCAAGGGGACGCGUUAGCUAUUAAUAGCCUGUACCUCCAAAAAUUAGAACAUUUAUACCGACACAACUGUUUCGACGAUCGGAAAUUCGAGCUGUUCAUCCCGAGGGUGUGGGUCCUCCUGAAGAGAUACGCCACCUUUUUAGGUGUAAAUCCGUCAUCGAAUAACGCCAACGUGGACAUCAGGGACACGCAACAAUCUCUACCGGUUACGGUGUUCGAGUGUCUCAAUCGCGCUUUCGGGGUCACCUUCGAGUGUUUCGCUUCUCCGCUGAACUGUUAUUUCCGGCAAUAUUGUUCCGCAUUCGCCGAUUGCGAUUCGUAUUUCGGUAGUAGAGGUCCGUUCCUGCAAUUGAAAGCGGUAUCCGGUUCUUUUGAGGCAAACCCUCCGUAUUGUGAAGAGCUUAUGGAAGCCUCGGUGAAUCAUAUGGAACGGUUGUUGAAUGAAAGUGCGGAGCCGCUUAGUUUUGUCGUUUUGGUACCGGAUUAUCGCGAACCAACUCCGGCGGCCCUGGUACGUUUGGAGUCCAGUCAAUUUAAGCGGAAACAAGUCACGAUACCGGCGUACGAGCAUGAGUUCAGACAUGGGUUUCAGCACGUUUUAAACAGGUCAGAAUUGAACGUGCGUUCGAAUCACGGGACAGUAAUAGUAUGGCUUCAAAAUACCGCGGGGAAUCACAAGUGGGAGCCGACGGAAGAUCGGGUGCAGGCCCUCCUGGAAGCUUUCCGACCUGGCCGGGAGAGGGAGCGAGACAGACAGGAAUUGCUCAGUCCCACACGUUCGGGCACCACUACGGAAAAACCGGAAGCCGUGGCGGUUCAUUAGUGUUAAAUUAUCGGAUUUAAGGCAUAAUUUAGUUGAGUCCCCGUCAGUGAUAAAGAGAUUUCAUAUUGAAAUUACCUAUUUUAGGGUUUACACAUGUUAUAUUAUAAGCAGAGCAUUUAUUUAUAAGUUUUUAUAUUUAUUAA